GAAGAAGAAGCAGAUAUUUCUUCACCUUGGCAGAAAUAAGCCCCAUGCUUGGCAACAUGGCACUUACGUGGAGAUUUUGGGUGAUCAUCACAUAUUUACCAAGCCAAAUGUGAAUUGUGGCGAGAAGAGUUGGAGAAACAAAUUAGGGUUACGUGAAAGAGGAGAAAGGAAUUUAGAAAAAAUGUUGAUGCGAGGAGAUCGUGAUCUGAAUUCAGUGCAUGCAUACACUGGUUCUCUAAACGACGUUUUGAGGAAGACUAUGCUCAGCCAGGAGAUUGUGUUUAAAAAGCAGGUUCAUCAACUCCAUCAUCUAUAUAGGAUACAGAAGACGCUUAUGCAGAACCUUGGCCCAGUGGAGUUUGGUAGAUACAAUUAUAACAUAGCUGGAGCUGAGUCGAAUCUUUUACCUCUGAAAAAUUAUGCUAGAGAUGAACCUAUGGACUUGUUAGAAGGGUGCAAGGGUGUAGAUGAUAAGAUCCAGCCGAGGACUCCUGAGCUUAAACUUCCCUCAGACCAAUUUCUUAGCUAUAUUGAUCCAGCUGAGGUGAAGCUUUCCCUGAGUAUUCAAGAGGACAAUAGGAUAGAGGGAGGUACUAUGAGGACUUGGUUUGAUUUAGAAACUCAUUCCGGCUCGCAACACGUGAUUGAUUUAGAAGAAUCGAUUGAAAGGACAUCAAAUGAGGGUUUGGAGCAGUCACCUUCAUUCAGCAGUACUGCUCCAAUUACAAGCGUCAGGGGAACCCACAAUUUAGAAGUUUCUGUCCUUUUUGAUCCGAUCAUCUCAAGUAGUGUGAAGAAAAAUCUAUUGUUUCAUGCUGCUGAGAGUUACCCUCAUUUAGAUGGCAGGGAGAGGAAUCCUUUCAAUCAAGGAUUAGAAAAGUGUUCCGGUGGCAUUGCCAUUAACAAUUCUUCCACCAGGAGGGAGCUGUUCGGUUCAUAUGAAACAGGGGUUCUGGACCUCAACAAAAUUCAGUAUGAUGAUUCAUCUUGUCUCUCAAAUGAUCGUACAGUAGCCCAUCUUUCAACCGCUAGCUCGUCACAUUUACACAGAUUAGUUGGCAAGGUAGAGGAGGGCACUCAUUGUUUCGGAACUGGGAAAAAGCAAAAUAGUAAUAGCUCAAUUGAAAGUUCUGAAAGGUUUCAAAAAUACAAUGCUGGAAAUUUGAAAGUUGAUGGAUCGAGCAUAAGCGGAAUGGGCAAUGAAAGCUUGGAGGCUGCGUCUAGAUCAAAGAUAGACCCCUGUGAAGCAGUUGGUUUCCACAGUAGUGACCCCAGUAAUGAAAACAAUGGGUUCAUCAUGAAACUCCUGAACAGUCGAAGUAGUUCGUGUACUUCUGCUAUACAAGUGAAUUGUGAGAACAACAAAAUAGAAGACCCCGUAUUUCCAUAUACUGAUAAUUGUCAAAAAACUGAUCGAGACGGACAUGGCAAUAUAUCUUCUGCUUCAUGUAAACCAUGCUGCAAUGCUGAAGAUGAUUCCAGCAGCGGAAAGACUAUGCAGUCUGAGAUUGAACUCGGAAACUCAAAUCCCCUUUCCGUUGAUCAGUUUUCAGGAACACAUGGAGGGUCUCAAGUUUCAGAAACUUUAAUGGGUGAGCAGGACCGAAGAUCUUCUGACAACAAUGAAUUAAAACACAAAGACCUCAACAAGGGAGGAGAUUCAGCUGAACUGGAUGUUAUGAUCAGAGCAGCAGCUGAAGCACUUGUCAGAAUCUCAUUGGAGAGUUCAUCCUGUUAUCAAGAUUGCGCUUACGAAGUAGGAGGUUCAACAAAGAUGGAAACGAAGGAGAGUGAACAACCGCAGUGUUCUGAUUCUUAUGAGUUACUCACACUAAAUCUAGCAGGGAGCACUGAAGAUACCUAUUGUGUGUCAUCAAAGCCUUCUGAAGUAAAUUACAGUGACAGUAAGGAAUUUGGCGUUAAGUUGAGAAGGGGGAGGAGAAUGAAAGAUUUUCAGAGGGACGUUCUUCCUGGUCUGGCUUCUCUUUCCAGACACGAAAUCCGUGAAGAUAUUACCAUUAUGGAGACAGUUUUAAGAUCAAGGGAGUACAAAAAAUUAAGAGGCAAGGUGGUUGAUGGUCAGAGCUGCUGUACUCCUGUCAAGAACAAACGUUCGCGACUCAACUAUGUUCCGCGGAGGAAAAGAAAUUUACGAGAAGCUUGAAGUUGAGAAUGAUUAGAGAUUGUGGAAGUAUCUAUUUGUACCAGUAGCUGCAUAUAACCGUAAGCUAAUUUUUGGGCUUUAGAAUCAUUCAAUUACCUUUCUGAUUCAUGUUCUGAUCUCAGUAUUGGUAGCCGGAUAAGUAUUCAUUCAGAAAUUCAAAAACAAUGGUUGAGAAUUGUUAUCAUUUAUUGUUGUGCUUUCGGGUGAAUUAUGAAAAAUGUGGAAUUUUUCCUGUCACAUUCCUACAAUCUGAAAUGAAAUGAAAAGGUUUGUGCCGGAUGAGUUCACCA